UCCCAAAUCUUAUAUUUUUCCUCAAAACGAGCAACAGGCCCUUCCACUUGCGCGCCGAUGUAACCGCUGUCUCUGGCCCGCUAGGUCAGGCGAAGAUAUCGUGAUCCGUGACUUGCUUAUUUACAACGAAUCAUAACCAGAAUAAGCGAAUGGAUGCAGUAAAAUGCAAAACCGGCGACAAAAAGAAAUAUAUGGAAGGCUGGCUUCUGAAAAAAGACAAAAAGGCACAGGGAAAAGGAAAGAAUGGAAAAAGAAACGAGCGAAACUAGAAGGAGAAAAAGCAAAUAUAAAGAGAGUGGACGAUGUUGUCAGCGGUUGCUGCUUCGGUAUGAGAACGGGGCCUAGAAGGCUUACUGGGUCAUCGAAAACGGAUUUCGCCUCCGCUGGGGGGAGGCAUCGAGCGAACUCUGGUCGCCUCCACUGGAGCUGCAGGAUGUACAAUUGGUACGAGAAGGCGCUCUCGACCAGGGAAAAGAGAAAUUGUUCUCUCCAGCUAAUCCGAGACCUGAUGCAUGGUCGAAACCCUGCCCCGCUCUAUUUUGGGCGCGCCGCAUCCAUACUCUUACUUUCGAUUUUUUUUUUUAUUUUCCCACUGCCCUCCUUACAAUUGUUUAACCUCGCAUUAUCCAACAGCGACCAGGCUUGGAAACGCUGAUGACUACUUAAUUGUUAGUCUCCCGGCCGACUCUGGUCCAAUUCCGCUAUGGCCAGAGGGAGCCCACUUGCUAGCUCGUUUCGAACCCCCGAAUUUUGGCGCGCACGGUUUCGAAUUACAUCGUUAGCUUCUCAAAGCCAGCAGAAUGGGGCAAGGGGAACACGUGAGAGACCGGCGCUGCCUGCAAAGCCGGCGCUCGCGACUCAUUCUG